UGUAAACGAAGCUUUAAAAUUUAAACCUAAAGAAGAAGCAAAGCCUCCACUUCGUCCUCAUUCUUCUCCUAGAAAACGUCCACCAAUGUUUAAACAUGCAGCUUUACAACGUGUUCGUAUUUCAUUGCCGGAUGUUGAAAAAUUGUUUAAAGAACCGGAAAUGGAUUGUAAUCAAUUGAAGAAGGCUAUUUUGGAAUUGGAACAAAAAAUUUUGGCUUCAAACAAAAAAGAACAAAAAUUUACUCCUCCUUCUACUUCUUCCUUUGCACAACAACACCAAUCAACCUCAACUUCUUCAACUUCAUUCAAAGCAAAAAUUACAAUUAAGCGUCCAGUCGCUAAAAGAUAUGGAAAAAAUAUUGACCAAAUUUGUUCAACAAGUACAGGAAAUAGACGCUCAUCAAGUUCAAGCAGUUCGGGUCUUAAAAAGUUGAGGAUGAAGAAGAAGAAAAAUGUUGUGAAGAAGGCUAAAAAGAACGACUCUUCUUUUAAUUCUGACACUUCAUUUUUCCAUUCAUUUGGUGGUCGACGUUCUUCAACUCCUUUUCUUGGAAAAGAUGUUCAAUUGUUUAUUUGUAUUCAUUGUCCUGCCGGCUCACACUUAAAAUACACAAACGAACAUGAUUACAGGCUUCAUGUUUUGGCAAGACAUCGAAUUGUUACAAAUGAUUGUGAAGCUAUUCAUGAAUAUAUUAAAAAGCAAAGAUUUAUUUACAUUGGGAACUUGAAUUUUUAUUGUGAAGAUUGUGAUAAGUUCUUCGACAACCAACAACAGAAUGCGUUAGAACGUGCUACUGAAUGGGUUGUACAUCGUUUGGAAGUUCAUGGGACGGAAUUUAAAGAGAAUUGUGCUACUAUUAUUGAAAAAAUUUUUGCUUCUCCAACUCAUCAUCCAUAUUUGACCAUUAAACGUGAAAAACAAGAAAUUUUAUCGGACAAUGAAGAUAAUACUAAUGAUGAGGAUGAUGUUGAAUGGAAGGUCUAUAAGAAGAGAAAUGAUGAGGACAGUUCGUUUAACCCUUCACCUAAGAAAAAUGGAAAAAAGAGAAAGAAGAUGGUCAAGAAGAGUUACAGCAGUGCUGGGGGAAGCGGGGGUGGGGGAAGUUCUGUUAAAGUUAAAAAAGAAAUUUGA